AUGGCUGCCAAGAUUGAAAGCCAUGUGCGAAAACCAAGUAUGGAACAUACAAAACUGCAUAGGAUCAAGGCGAUGUUUCCCCGACUGCUGAAGAAAACUCUCUCGCAUAGCAGCAGUUCUACACAGGCUAGCUCCCCGGCCUCCUGCGGCUCCCUGAACAACGACGAUACGACAGAGUCUAUUCUGUCCAUAGACGAUUUUGCCGAGGCUUUCGAAGAACUCCCUCCCCACUGGGAAGUCCGCUACGAUCCUGUCCUGCAGCUGUAUUAUUACGUCAACACGCACGAAAAGAUUUCCCAGUUUGACAGUCCGCUCGAGGUCCGCAAACACUGA